UCCAGGCGCCCCGUGGAGAACCACUACAGCUUGUGAAUGAGGGGCACCUGGAAACCGACGUAACAUUAUUGAGUAUGUCUUCAGUGUCUUUGGCCAAACUUUCCAGUGAGGCGCAAGUGGUCAUUGCGGAAUCAGAGCAACUUAGGAGUGCGAUCAAUCAAAAGAAGACGGCACUUCGAAAAUCUACGAUGUAAUUUGGAUAGUUAACUUUUUAAAUCGUCAAAUAUAAGAACUUUGUUUUAAGGAUUUUUUUUCCUGGCUGAGACAGCGAAAUGAAAAUAUCUCUAAUAUCCAUCUGUUUUAAACGCGUUUUUAUAAAGUGAGUUAAAACAGUGGAUUUUCUCCUGCAUGCUGCUGUCGGGACCUCGAAACACUCAAGGACUGUUGUUCGUUUUGGUCUUGAGAAGGGACAGUCGUCUUACUGAAUAAGUUAAUCGAUUCAUAUGCAGCGCUUUAAAUGCAUGAUUGAAACAUAAAAGUAACGUUGAGACUGAAACUCAAUCCACCGUUUUCUUUCUUUUUGCUAAGAAAAGGAAUAUAGAUUUUUCUCUUUUUUUUUUGAUCGAUCUGAACCUAUCUGAAUUAACAUGGCAGCACCGAAGACCUGUGUCAGGUUUCCGAUUAAGAGCUGUGUUUUUGCGACUUUGUGUGCAAUGCUCCAGCUGUGCUCGGGUCAGUAUCACGGAGAGAAGGGCAUUUCGAUACCCGAGCACGGCUUCUGCCAGCCCAUAUCUAUACCACUGUGCACGGACAUCGCCUACAAUCAGACCAUCAUGCCGAAUCUCCUGGGUCACACCAAUCAAGAGGACGCGGGACUGGAAGUGCACCAGUUCUACCCACUGGUGAAAGUACAGUGUUCUGCGGACCUCAAGUUUUUUCUGUGUUCGAUGUACGCGCCCGUGUGCACAGUGUUGGAGCAGGCUAUACCGCCGUGCCGCUCGCUGUGCGAACGGGCCAGGCAGGGAUGCGAGGCGCUGAUGAACAAGUUCGGUUUCCAGUGGCCGGAGCGGCUCCGCUGCGAGAAUUUUCCGGUGCACGGCGCGGGCGAAAUCUGCGUGGGUCAGAACACGUCGGACCCUGGAAGCCCCACAUCGUACCCGACUCCUUACGUGCCAGAGUUCGUCACGUUGCCACCCAACAUUGGCAGGUCUAAUCAUCCUUUCUCCUGCCCCCUGCAACUUGAAGUGCCCUCAUACUUAAAUUAUUACUUUUUGGGGGUGAAGGACUGCGGGGCCCCCUGUGAGCCCCAGAAAGUAAACGGGCUGAUGUAUUUUCGCGAGGAAGAAGUUAAGUUUGGCCGACUCUGGGUGGGUAUCUGGUCCAUUCUGUGUUGCGUGAGCACUUUGUUCACGGUGCUCACGUAUCUGGUAGACAUGCGCCGGUUCCGAUACCCCGAGCGGCCCAUCAUAUUCCUCUCCGGCUGUUACUUCAUGGUGGCGGUAGCCUACUCGGCUGGAUUCUUCUUGGAGGAUAAAGUAGUGUGCAUCGAUAGAUUUAAGGACGAUGGCUACAAAACCGUAGCCCAGGGCACCAAGAAAGAAGGAUGUACCAUUCUCUUCAUGGUUCUGUACUUCUUCGGCAUGGCCAGCUCAAUCUGGUGGGUGAUCUUAUCUCUCACCUGGUUCCUUUCUGCUGGAAUGAAGUGGGGCCAUGAAGCCAUCGAAGCAAAUUCUCAAUAUUUUCAUCUAGCUGCCUGGGCAGUUCCGGCUGUUAAAACCAUAACCAUCCUAGCCAUGGGACAAGUGGACGGAGAUAUCCUGACCGGCGUGUGCUACGUGGGCAUCUUCAGCGUGGACUCCUUACGCGGGUUCGUUCUCGCUCCCCUCUUCGUCUACCUUUUUAUAGGCACGUCGUUUCUGCUCGCCGGUUUCGUGUCGCUCUUCCGGAUCCGCACCAUCAUGAAACACGACGGCACGAAGACGGAAAAACUGGAGAAGCUGAUGGUUAGGAUUGGCGUGUUCAGCGUGCUGUAUACGGUCCCGGCCACCAUAGUAAUAGCGUGCUACUUUUACGAGCAGGCGUUUAGGGAGCAGUGGGAGAAGACAUGGCACAUGCAGACCUGCAAGCGCUUCGCCGUGCCCUGCCCCGUAAACAAUUUCGCGCCGAUGACCCCGGACUUUACCGUGUUCAUGAUUAAGUACCUAAUGACUAUGAUUGUGGGUAUUACCUCCGGAUUCUGGAUAUGGUCCGGGAAAACGCUGCAGUCUUGGCGCAGGUUUUACAAAAGGUUAAGUAAUAGCAACCAAGGCGAGACGACCGUAUGAUCAUGCAGAUAGCGGAGCUGGCGCAAGUCGACACGGAAUAAAAGGGGGAAACUCGGAACUCUCUAACAGUCAUCGGUACCCUUGUUCAUAGUGAUCCGGUUCAACUUGGUUGAUCAGACUCCUUGAACACUCAGAUCCUUUCAACGUCGGGAGUUAUUCUUGAGCUGCUUUCCAAGGUCUCUUUAAAUGUCUCUUUAAAUCAAUGCAAAUGAACGAAUACCUGACAAUAUUUCCGAUUCAUUGCUGAACUGCAGUUUUGAGAGAGAAUUACUGCCGCUAUCGGGUUUAUUUUGUAGAAUGAGACUGAAUUACACGUGAUUCAUUUACGAUGACAUGAAUGUUUUUCAAGGGCUCAUCCUUCGUAUUGUCGGUCUUCUCGCCAUUAAAGUCCCUGUUUAUAAUCUGAAACGGUUUGGUUUUGUAACAUUGCUGAAACGUACAGAAUUGAGUACUGUGCAUUUUUUGCAUUGCAGAAUGAUUUUAACAGCGAAGUAUUUCCUUCACUUAUUACUUUAUUUGUGCAGUCGAGUCCCCAGCGUCAUAUUUUUGCACACAAAAUGUUUACCUUAUCACUUUUUUUGUUUAAUAUUUCCAGUUUAUUUGAUGUCUUGUAGCCACUCCCAGACAAUCAUCCUGAGCGCGAAUGGCAGACGGCCCUAUUUGUAGUCUGAUUGGGUACUAUUGUAUGCAUGUAUACAGCUAUAAAGUCAUUCAAGCUACUACUGUAUACAUUUUUGUAAAUACUUGUUUUCUACAAAUGUAUUUAUAAAUGUUAUUGCAUUUUUUACUUGAUUUUUAAAAUACAGUAAGAGCCCUCUUGUAUCUGUACAGUUUCACUGAAUAAAAUUAUUAGAUUUUUAA